AUGGAGUUCAAUUUGAACUCCAUGCUUAUUGCGGAAGAGGAAGUGUCAGAGGAGACAGAGACCCUCAUCCAUCAUUCCUGGAAGAGACUCCGGCGCCUCGGGUCGCUGGAGGGUGUAGAGGUCUCGGCUUCGGCGGGGAAGGAUGCAGAAGAUCCCGUGUCGAGCCCCCAACCCAGCCCCCGAUCUGGGAGCGGAGACUUGACCCCGCCCACCGGAGAUGAUGGAGAUAGCCUUUCCGCCCCUUCACGCGGAGGAGGGGGCGAGGUAACGCAGGGCGAGCCACUCCUGCAGGAGCAUGUGUUCACUGCCGCUCAAGCCGAAGAUGUCAUCGUGGAAUCUUCCACGGCCGAGACGGCGGAGAAGGCUGCCGAGUCUACCCCGACAGAGGAUGAAGCUUGUGACCCGGCAACGGUUGUUGCCAGGGAAAUAGAGACCUCUGCCCGGCAGACUUCCCAAGAGCUGAAGGAGCGGCGCAAAUCCGCCGGCAAAGUGGAUCAGAAGCUGAAGGACAAGUGCCUGGAGUUGCGUGAAUGGCACGACAAGCAGUUCAAGGCACUCAUGAGGCAGCAAGAUAUCCUUCAGAUGACGGUUCACAAGGCAUCUUUGGAUGCCAGAGAGCAAGAGAUCUCCCUUCGGGAGGAGAAUCUUGAAGCUAUCCUUCGUGCCAAGGAUGAAAGUUUGGAGGCCUUGGUGCAGCAACGCACCAAGGAAUUGGAGGACAAGCAUGGGGCUGCUCUGGACACCCUUGCCACCGAUCAAGCUGCCCGGCUGAAGAAGCUUGUCAAUGAUUUGGAUGCCACAUCUUCUGCAAAGGCUGAGCUCGACCGGCAAGUGGCCAAACUGAAUGAAGACCUUGCAGAGAGCGCCAAGAAGGUGGAGGCGCUCAAAGAGGAAGCACGACAGGCAGUGCUUCACCUGGCUGAUGUGAAGUCGCAGCUCUCCUCCAAGACCCAAACCUUGGAGACCGCCAACGACAACAUUUCUGACAUGAGGGCGAGGAUCGGCUCGCUGGAGCAGUUGGCGGAAUAUCUUGAAUCCCGGCAGCAGCUGCUGUCUAAGAAUUUGGAAAACGCCAGGCGUCUCCGGCAAGAUGCAGAGGACAGGCUGAAGAAUUAG